CGGCCGCAUCGCUUCUGCUUGUUGAACUCGAAGACCCCCUUCUUGAGAAUCCGGCCAUCUGAAUUUCCCGGCGGCGUGAAAAUGGUUGUGGCAAAGAAGACGAAGAAGUCCCAUGAAGGAAUCAACAGCCGAUUGGCUCUUGUGAUGAAGAGUGGAAAGUACACUCUCGGAUACAAAUCUGUUCUCAAAUCCCUUCGCAGCUCUAAAGGUAAGCUCAUAUUGAUAUCUAACAAUUGCCCACCGUUGAGGAGAUCAGAGAUUGAGUACUACGCUAUGCUUGCCAAAGUUGGUGUUCAUCACUACAAUGGCAACAACGUUGAGUUGGGAACUGCUUGUGGUAAAUACUUCCGAGUUUCUUGCCUCAGCAUUGUCGAUCCUGGUGAUUCUGACAUCAUCAAGGCACUCCCUAGUGAUCAGUGAUUCUCAUUUUGACGAUUUCUUAUGAUGUUGCCAUGUUGUUCUACCUCUGCUUUCUUAUGCAAUGUGUUCUUCUUCAAAGACUCAAUGUUAGGUUUCUUUGGUUUCUAAAACUCCACAAAUGGUCAAAUUAUUACAUUUCGUCUCUGCUUCUGGAUUUGUUACAUGUCAAAGGUUUAAUUUGGUCUU